AUGAACGCCUGUAGUAAAUAUGGAUACAUUGGAGCUGAUGAGUAUGAGGACAUGGAGAUAGAUGUCGCUCAAACAAAUAAUCUAUUCGCUGAUGACAAUACUACCAACAAUAACAAUAAUAAUAACAAUAAGAAUGCUAUGUUGGAGAAGAAGCGUGUAAGAAAGACAACAAUAAAUGUAUUAAAUAUAAAGUUGGGUACUUUGUCAAACAAUCCUAUUGUGGCCACUGGUGACCCUCUACAUUGCGCUGGCUGCAAGGUGAUCUUCAGCAACAUCAACAACUUUAAGGAUGUGCUUUCCAGUGAUGGCAAGUCUUACCCAAGCAUUCCAACCGGUGGCGGAGUGGCCAAUGGCAAGUGGACCUGCGAGUUCUGUGGCGAGCUGACCGACUUCAACAUGGUCGAGGAGGAGAUCCCCAAGAGCAACAUCAUCGACUACAUCCUCGAGCCAGCGCCCAUCACCACCACAACCGUCAGCAACAACAACAAUGAGAAGACAGUCAACCCAGACAGCUCCUACGUGGUCUUCUGUAUCGACGUCAGUGGCAGCAUGGACAGCAUCGUCGAGGGCAAGAAGUCACGUAUCGCAUGCGUGUUGCACGGCAUUGUCGAGCAGAUCAACAUGCUCGAGGAGACCGCCCCCAACAGACGUGUGGCCAUCGUCACCUUUAACGGCUCCGUCAGCAGCUUUGGAGACGGCACCAGCGACAAGAUCAUUAGAUUCGACGGUAACGCCUACACCACCAUCGCCCAGAUCGUCGAGCGUGGUGCCGCCGCUGUUAUUGAGAACUGUGUGUCCAAGGCCAAGUUUGCCCUGCAGAAGAAGAUCCUCUCGCUAGAUGCCAACGGAGGCACUGCACUCGGACCAGCCAUCGCCUACUGUGUCGGACUGACCGCCAGCGUUCCAGGCUCCAAGAUCGUGCUUGCCACAGACGGCGCCAGCAACGUUGGCAUUGGAUCGGUUGAGGGCAGAGAUUCUGGAAACUCAUCCCAGUUCUACGAGGAGCUGGGCGCCAUCGCACAGAAGAACGGCACGACCAUCUCGGUCCUGACGAUUAAGGGCACAGACACCAAGCUCGAGAUGAUUGGCAAGCUGGCCGACAUGACCAACGGUGAGGUAGAGAUUGUCGACCCACUAAAGAUCACCAGCGAGCUCAAGUCAGUCCUCUCCUUGCCAACCAUCGCCACCAACGUCACCAUCUCGGUCAAGCUGCACAAGGGUCUCUACAUCACUGACCCCUCUGACCUCAAGCUGGACCAGAACUACAUCACCAAGUACAUUGGCAACGUCAACGAGGAGACCAUGGUCACUUACGAGUAUGGAAAGAUCGAGAACAAGGUCAUCGACACAUCGCUCAAGUCUCUGCCCUUCCAGCUGCAGAUCACCUACACCACGAUGAAGGGCAUGAAGUGUGUGCGUGUCAUGACCAUGACACAGGAGAUCACCACCAAGCAGGAGGUGGCCGAGGAGCAUGCUGAUGUCGAGGUGCUUGGCAUUAACAUGGUGCAGACAUCCUCCAAGAUGGCAUCGGGUGGUGACUACACCUCGUCACGUUUCCACAACAUGUCCAAGAACAAUCAUAUGAAGAAGGUCCUUGUCACCAAGUCCAAGUCGCCAAGUGUUCAGCAGCAGGGCGAUACCUUGUCUGCUCCAUCGUCAAACAACUACAUCCAACAGUAUGACUCGGCUCAAGUCUGGACUGCACAGGCACAGAAGUUUGAGACCACCGUUGCGCCAGUCCAGUCUGCGCCACAGAAGAAGAACGACGAGACAAGCAACGUACUAUUCCAGAUGAAGCAGAUGAGUUCGAACAGAGCCAGAAAGUAA